AUCUAUGACAAAGGAACUCCCAAUACAAGUCUCUUUCAUCUCUUCGUUAAUUUCUUUGUUUAGUUCUCACUAUAUAUAACAUGUACAACACAGCUCAUUCCUUUCUCGAUACUACUCCUUUACACGCGUUGUUGACGGGUUCAAUUCCUCGUUCUUCCCCUUUUAAUACCAAUAAUCAAUUUCUUAAGAAUGCAGCUUUUGUAGUAGUUACGGCAUUCCCAAAUUGUUCUUCUCUAUCUAAGGAUUCUCACAUGCUCGUUUCUUUCUUUUGAUCAGUAACUUAAGACCCGUUGAAUAAUGAGUUUGAUAUUCUUUUCAUCGGGAAUCCACCACACAGCUUUCUACGACUUAACCGUUAACAUUGGUUACUUCUCAUAUUAACGGAUCUCAGAGACAAUGCCUACUAGUACAAAUAAGGGAGAUCAGAAGGGACAUGUCAUUGUUAUCAAGCUUGGUACUUCAUCCAUUUGCGAUGAAAAGACACAUGAACCCCUAAUCUGCAAUCUGUCAAUGAUUGUGGAGACGGUUGUCAAGCUUAGAAGACAAGGUCACAGCGUAGUCAUUGUUUCUAGCGGUGGUAUUGGUAUGGGACUUCGUCGGAUGGACCUGCCAAAGAGGCCAAAGAAGCUUUCAGCCGUGCAGGCUAUUGCUGCAAUUGGUCAGGGACGACUCAUUUCCCUCUGGGAUAAUCUGUUUUCACAGUUGCGACAACCUAUAGCUCAGGUUCUGCUGACUCGGAACGAUAUCAUGGAGCGUAAUCAAUACCUUAACGCAGCUAAUACGCUUCAUGAGCUUAUGCAUAUGGGGGUGGUUCCCAUCGUGAAUGAAAACGAUACUCUUUCUGUUCAAGAAAUUCGUUUUGGUGAUAACGAUACACUUUCCGCAAUCACAGCAAAUAUGAUUAAUGCCGAUUUCCUGUUCCUUAUGACCGAUGUUGAGUGUUUGUACACUGCAAACCCCCGCGUGGAUCCUAACGCAAAACCUGUCACCUUGGUCCAUGACAUUUCAGCAGUUACUGCUGAUGUUUCCUCGCCCGGAAGCGGUGUCGGAACGGGUGGUAUGCGGACGAAGCUGAUUGCUGCAGAACUCGGUACUUCUGCCGGCGUCGAUGUUAUUAUCUGCAAGAGCACAAAACCAUCUGUUGUCUUUGACAUCAUUAACGAUAUUGGAAAUGCCGAUAAACCUUCUCAUAAGCAAAACCCUGGUCUGUUGUAUACCCGGUUCGUGGCGAACAAGGGCAGUAGAAUGCGUGACCGUCACUUCUGGCUUAAACAUGGGCUUAAACCUUUUGGACGUUUGAUCAUUGACAAAGGUGCAUAUGCUGCGAUCAGCCGCACGAAUCGUGCGGGAUUGUUGCCUGUAGGUGUCAUUGGCGUUGAGGGCCAUUUCUCCGAUCAUCAAUCUGUUUCCCUCGUUUACGAGGGUGUUGAAAUUGGGUGUGCUCUCGUAAAUUACAGCAGCACGGAAAUUGAACUUAUCAGAGGAAAGAAUAGUUCUGAGAUCGGCUCAAUUUUGGGUUACUACGAAACUGAGUAUGUUGCCCAUCGUGACAAUUUGGUUAUCAACAAGCCUUUCCAACCGUAACUCGUUGUUCGUGUAGUGUUAUAGAAACCGUGUUUCUUUUCCUGAAUAGAUUCGUUUUGUUAGUGCUUAAGAGUGGUUGCUUUGACG